AUGGCAUCCACCGGCAACGCCUCGUUUGCCGAUUACGCCGCGGAGUUUGCAGAGUUUGCGGGCCGCGGCGGGCUUGGAUAUGGUUGGGCAUCCUGUUUCGCCGACGCCUCCGAUUAUCUCUUCGCCGGUGGAUACGCAUGUGAUGGGUGCUUCUUCCCCAGCAGACGCCGCUUCGCCCAUGUUGGGUGUCGCGGCUGGGCGUUCAUCUCCAUCCUGGAGAUCCUCGGUCAAUCCUGUGAACGGCAUCCUCGCGGCCUCUUGGAGCUUUGCGAGCCCGUCAGAGCCGAAGCUUUCCGACGCCGUCUCCAGGGCCGACGCCUUUCGCUCCUGGCGAGAGGGCUGACACCGUGUGCGAGCGCCGGUCAGCCAGGUCAUGGUCAUCCAUCCUCGGGGAUCGGUUUUGCGUGUCAUGGGGCGCCUGAGCGGCUUUUGGAUCCUGCCAUUUUGGGAGUGCCGGAGGUCAACGAGGCGGCGCUUCAGCAAGCCCGGGAUGCCGCAUCGCGGCUGAAGGACACUCAGAGCAAAAGGAUGGGGUCAGCAGAUGCCAAGCAGAAGGUCCAAUCUGUUGUUGAUCAGUCCCAGACGGUCAAGGAUUACGCCGCUGCAGGUUCUUCUCAAAGCCAGCUGCUGUUCGUUUUGAUCGUAGUUUGCGUGUCGGUGCUCGGCGCCAUGUUCUUCAACCGGAUGCGAUAUUACGAGAAGAAACACUUUAUUUGA